UGCUUUUUAAAAGUAUCACGGACAAAAACGCCUUACGACCAGAUGCACCUAGGCAAGAUGGACGGCUGUGAAGUGGUCCAACGGGGCAGGCUUUGAUCUCUGCCCAUCGCAUAAGCCUGCACGCGUCGGUUGCCGGGACCCGAAUCGGCCGCCCCCCCGCCGUCCUUUUUUUUUCCGACCUCCUCCUUCUUUCUCUUGUUUCCGAUCCUUUCUGCAGUUGCCGACGAGACUAAGGGCCAGGUCAAAGUUGCCGUCAAGACGAAGGGCCAGGAAAGGGGCCGUCCUGUCUUUUCUUAUCUGGUGUGGGGAGGGGGCGGGAGCAGUGGCGGGGGGAGGAGAAUGGGAGAUGGGGCGAGGGGGAACAAACCUGCGUGGCUGCAGCAAUACGAAGUCAUCGGCAAGAUCGGAGAGGGGACGUAUGGUCUCGUUUUCCUCGCCAAGAGCAAGCUGCAGAGCAACCGCGGCAAAUGCAUCGCCAUCAAGAAGUUCAAGACCUCCAAGGACGGGGAUGGCGUUUCCCCCACAGCAAUUCGUGAGAUUAUGUUGCUUAGGGAAAUAUCCCAUGAAAAUGUAGUCAAGCUUGUAAAUGUGCACAUUAAUCCCUCAGACAUGUCCUUGUAUCUUGCAUUUGACUAUGCUGAGCACGAUCUUUAUGAAAUCAUCAGGCACCACAGAGAAAAAGUCAACCAUUCUAUCAAUCAAUACACUGUCAAGUCGUUGCUCUGGCAGUUGCUUAAUGGACUGAACUAUCUUCACAGCAACUGGAUCAUACAUCGAGAUCUUAAGCCAUCUAAUAUCCUGGUUAUGGGGGAUGGAGAAGAACAUGGAGUAGUUAAAAUUGCUGAUUUUGGGCUCGCUAGAAUUUACCAAGCUCCAAUAAAACCUUUGUAUGAAAAUGGGGUUGUUGUAACUAUUUGGUAUCGUGCACCAGAGCUGCUUCUUGGGGCCAAACAUUAUACAAGUGCUGUGGAUAUGUGGGCUGUUGGAUGUAUUUUUGCAGAACUGCUUACCUUAAAACCGCUGUUUCAAGGGGUGGAGAGUAAAUCAACACCUAAUCCUUUCCAGGUUGAUCAACUUGACAAGAUAUUCAAGGUGUUAGGUCAUCCCACCCAAGAAAGAUGGCCUAAUCUGGUUAAUCUACCUCAUUGGCAACAAGAUCAGCAACAUAUUCAAGGACAUAAAUACGAUAAUCCAGGUCUGCAUAACAUUGUCAAUCUUCCUCAGAGAAGUCCUGCAUAUGACCUACUCUCCAAAAUGCUUGAGUAUGAUCCACGGAAACGAAUUACAGCAGCACAAGCUUUAGAGCAUGAGUAUUUUCGGGUGGAUCCUUUACCAGGGCGCAAUGCACUUGUUUCUACCCAACCUGGGGACAAAGUCGUUAACUACUCUGCUCGUCCAGUGGACACAGCUAUAGAUUUUGAAGGGACAACAAGCGUUCAGCAUGUUCCGCCGGUACCUGCAGGAAAUGCACAUAUGGCUGCAGCUGUCAAUAGGCCUGGUGGUCGUCCAGUGAUGGUUGGCAUGCAGAGGAUGCAAAAUGCAGGAAUGCCAGCUUUUAGUUUGGCAUCUCAAGCAGGCAUGGCUGGCUUGAAUCCUAACAACCUUCCAUUGCAGCGUGGACCAGCAGCACAGGCUCAACAGCUGAGAAGGAAAGAACCGGGGAUGGGAAUGCAAAAUCCAGGAUAUCCGCAGCAGAAAUCCAGACGCUUUUGAGCAGCACCUUCAAAGAGGCUUAAUAUAUUCCGUAUUCUUGUUUCGAGGAUGAAGCUUUGUUUCAUAAUUCAUUAAUCAGGCAACUGGGCGGGAAGCUGUGCUGGCCAUACUUCUUGUUUGGUAACAUCUCGGUCAGUUCGUGUUGAAAGCUAGUGCAGUAAUCAUCUCCAUUUGACUAUGCAUUGAUGGAUAACGAAAUUCGGUCCGUUGCCACUAUACUGUUGCCUGCCAGCGAAAAUUCUUUCAACAUGCAUUGAUUGAGGAAGUGCUGGAUUGAGGAGGCAGUUUUGCGUUUUAUAUUUGCUCGGAUGAUCUUGAAAACACAAAUUGAAUGGUCUGCUGUGACUGGCUACUCGGUGCUGCCAUUUGAAGCAUGUGGCCGUUGAUUCCAUCUCCAAAUACCAUUUAUCUACCCAUUGGGUUGUAAUAUGCUUGGACCUGAAAAAAAUGUAGAAAAAAAUGUCGGAACUCUGGUGCAAGUAUAAAUAUCUCAACUAAUUCCCUAUA